AUGACCUCCCAGAAUAAGUCGAAGGAGGCCCCCAGGGAAUAUGGCCGACGAGACUACCUGUCAGCUUCUGAGUUGGAUUACGAAAGUAUCGCGAGUAACCUUAAGCUCUCGGAUGAUGUUGAGAAAUCAGACGAGGCCAACAAGCCCGAAUUCCCGGUUAGCACCGACCUCCCGGUCAACGACAAUCAAUUUACGUUUGCUCCAAGUCAACUUAGCAAGCUUUUCGACCCCAAAAGCCUAUCCGUCUUGUACAAGUUGGGUGGUCUCGCGGUUUCCGGAGGUGCAUCACUCUCCUACCCGGCAACGGGCCCUCUCACCGUGGCAUGA